CCUCGUGACGUGUUGUGUAGGCGCCGUCGCCUCCGAACUAUGCGACGCGGCCCAGAGGACUUGUAUUUACCCUGAGCUAACAUGAGCCAGCGAAACCGAGUGUCGUACGUGCAGCCCGCCGAGCCCGCGUUCCUGUCUCGCUUCAAAGAGCGAGUCGGCUAUCGGGAAGGGCCCACCGUGGAGACCAAGAGAAUCCAGCCUCAGCUCCCAGAUGAAGAGGGUGAUCACAGUGACAAAGAAGAUGAACAGCCCCAAGUGGUGGUUUUAAAAAAGGGAGACCUGACAGCUGAAGAAGUCAUGAAAAUCAAAGCAGAAAUAAAGGCUGCCAAAGCAGCUUCUGCCGAGAGAGGUUCUGUAACCAUUGGAGCGUUAGAGAGUUGCACAUGGAAGCCUGUGUGGAAAAGCUGCCAGGGGUUUGACACAGACGGGCACACUGGGCACGAGCCUUGCCCUCCUCUUUGCCCUGCUUCGAGCAAGGAUGUGAAACCUGAGUAUACCAGAGCCAGUGUCAGACAUAAAGAAGACACCUACUUGCUUUCAAUGUCACAGAGGAAGACCUGAGAGCUUGGAUCUUGACCAACUGCGGGCCUCUGCACAUCCUGAUACCCAGGAGAGGAAUCUUCUCCUUGUUUAAGACUCUGCCAGGUUUCUGUUUCACACAGCCAAAUGCACCUGUGCUCCUGUGGAGACAGCCCUGGAUUAUGAUUUCUUCACCAUGAAUUGUUGAGGCAGAAUUGCUGGAUCAAAGUAUUUGAAUAUUGUUAAAGCUAUUAAGGCUCACUGUCAAGCUGCUUUCUGGAAAGGUUUAUAAUUAUAGUAUUUUGUUAGUUUCCCAGCACUAGGAGCCUGCUCCAUCUCAUCCAUAACGUUGCACUGACCUUAGGUUGGCACCAGGCUUUAGAUGGUAGUCAAAUGUACAUUUUGGAUUGGUGUUUAAUUGUUAAAUUUAAUUGGCAUUUUCUUUGGUCAACAGGUAUGACUGUUUGUCAUACAUUAACUGUCAUACAUUAACUUAGAUUAAUUUUUUGUUCAUUUCCAUUUAUACGCUCACAUUUUUCUUUUUUUUUUUUUUUUUGCUCACAUUUUUCUUAUUAACUAGUUCAUUGUAACCCACCUAUGUUACUUUGUUGAUCUGCUUAAUCCUGCUUACUUUUUUGUAAAUUGUAUACUAUAUAGUCUUUUUAUUAUUGUAUUUGAGAUAAUCACCUGUAUUCUUGCUUUUAUUUUUUGCAUUUUAAAGUUGAUCUCACCUGGGA